AUGACGGAACGCCCGGCAAAGUCUGGCUCGUCUCGCAAGCGGGCGCUGGUGAGCUGCGACCGAUGCAAGAUCCGCCGGGCGCGAUGCAUUCGCGACAAUGCUGACAUGCCAUGCGCCGAUUGCAAGGCCAGUGGUGUGGCCUGCGAAUCCAAACUCCCCCGCAAGCAGCGCGUCUACGGCAGUGUCGAGACGCUGAGUUUACGCUAUAGGGCGCUCGAGGCCUUGGUCAAGGGCCUGUUCCCCAACGAUAAUGUCCAGGAUACAGAGACGCUGUUUAGGAUCGCGGCCGCGAGGAAUAUCACCAUGCCCGCCAAUGAUGACUUUACUCCGGCAAACAUCUUCAACACCACCGCCACUGCCAGCGACCAGCGCUCCUCGUCGUCGUCGCAGCAACAACCACAACAACUUCAGCAGCAGCAACAUCAACAACAACAACAACAACUACCACCACAACCGCAACCACAACCUCCAAUUCAGCCUUUUCAGGCAUCUUCCUUUUCCCGACAGGCACCCGCUGGUCUAUAUGCCACCACACACGACACUACCCAUUCUUCUCACACUGAUUUUCCACCCAUCAAAAGCAAACAUAAUCGCCCAAUCACCCUCUCCGAUCCCCAGCGACCCCCCUCUCGGGCAGAAGAACUCUUGCGAGCAAACCGACGUACCUCCCACUACUUUGGUCCCUCGAGCAGUUUUCGCCUUGCCACGACAAUACGUGCUCUUGCUGCUCGAUGGAUAUCAAUCACGGGCGCAAGCGCCCACUCUUUCAUCUCAGACCCAUCCAGCAACUCUGGCUCCAUUCUGAAACGCAGCAGCACUGACCCAUCCCACGAAGACCUUACCUUGCCUGAAACAAUUCAACUUCCCCUGUCUGGCAAAAGAAGUCGCAAAAGAUCCAGGUCAGAACUGGAUGAUUCCAGUGAUGAGUUUCUGUCUCGCGAGCAUAGUCUGAGCAGAGAUUCCAUCGGGACUCUCUUACCGCCGAAAGCUACCGCCGAGGCCCUGGUGUCUGCCUACUUUAGCCGGAUUCACAUGUACAUGCCUUUGUUCAAUCGAAGCGUGUUCCAUCUUCGUAUGGAAGCAACAUAUUCUCGCAAAGCCGAAUUGAUCGACGAAUGCAAGGACAUUGGCUGGCUGGUGGCAUUAGCCCUGGUCUUCUCGUUUGGAUGCCAGCAACUGGACGGACUCGACUCUAAGCAAGCCCGUGAGCUGCGAGUCAAGUACCUCAAAUUUUCUAAAAACUACUUUCGGCGGCUCCUAACAACGGCCUGCCUGGAUAAUGUCCAGGCACUUGUUCUGCUCAACAUGCACCAUCACAGCGUUGGGCAAAAGAGCAGUUCAUGGCUGCUUAUAGGCCUCGCUGCACGCAUGGUUAGUAACUGA